CAGCAUUCCAAAAGCCUCUUGCAAAACUGGAGAGGAUGGUCGACCACAGAUGAGGGUGAUAUUUCUCUCUCGCCUCGGUCAUGCUCAUCUUCUUCUGCCAGGACAUGAGCAGUCAGGAUGUGAUGUCCCCUGUACUGCCAAAGUAGACGCUAUCUUUGCAAGAACUGCAGCACUGAAUCUUCCUCGUGUGCUGGCUUCAAAAGGCUUUCGUACCGGACUGCCGACCUCUCACCCUUACCUGGCAAUGUGGCUGUCUCACUUCUAGAGGGCUGCCCUGCUGGGUUUGGUCUACAGGAUGGACUAUGCACCCCUUGUGACGCCCAGCACUACAGUGCUGAUGAUGACCCAAACUGCAGAGAGUGUCCAGAAGGAGAGUACCAGCCUAACAGAGGCUCUCACAAAUGUCUGCCCUGCCCACAUCCGUUCGCAGCAGCAAGCUGUCUGGCACUUGUAAAGUUGGAGACUGAUGAGGAGACCAAUGAAGAGAUGGCUGGACCAAGUGAAGGAGGAUAUGGGAACAAGAAGAGUCAUCUGGGAAACAGUCCUGAAAGAAGCAUGUUUCAUCAGCGAUACAGCUAUACUGCUAUGGCUACUGCAGGAAGUUUGUUCUUGGUUAUCAUCAUCUUAUUGUUAAUAAUUAUGCCAACUAUUAAACGUCAGAACAGUCUAAAGACACGGUCACCUUAUAGGCCUGAUAAGCCCAGAGGAUCUGGGAAGAGGACACCAAAUAAGAGACAUAAUUCUGUGAGGCAUGUUACAGGAGAAAGAAAACCUACUGACUAUGGAAACAUUGGCUAUACUGCCGUGAAUGUGGACCCACUAGAGGAGGAGCUUUAUCAUCAGACAUAUGGAGAUGGAGCACACUUAUCACGGCCUGAAAUAAUCCAGAGAAGCAAGGUUCAGAUUGCAAAUGAAGUAAAUAGGCUUGUUGAUGAAGCAGCUGCAAGAGUAGUCCAGGAGCAACAGCUAGGCCGGCACAAAAAGUACAGAAGCCCUUUUGUUCCACGUCACACGAAGAUCGAUCUUUUAGGAAUACAGACACCUACUGUUCCUGUUUACGAUAAUAGUCAAGACCAUGUUGGAUAUAGAGAAUGGAAAGCUGAUUCAAAACAGAAGAAACACAGACGUAGUAAAGAGUCCCACACAAGAAACAGAGUCUACAGAGAUUAUAAGGUUCAUGAUGAGGAAUUGGGAAAAAGACAUACUGACUCACAGAAGGAGCAUGUAAGGGAAGAGUCUCCUCAAAGAAGAGAUGUGAAGAGACAAGAUUCCUUCAUAUCAAGCUUGGGAUUAAUAGUUGAAGAGGAUGAAAAUGGUCAAGAAGAUGGACUGCAAACACAAACUGUUCAGGAUGCACAACCCUGGAAUAAAGAGAGUAUUUCUUCAUUUUUUUUACCCCAGUCCACAGAUGAAUCUGACAUAGUAAGGAAGCAGGCACCAAGUCCACCACCCCCAGAUUUUUAAACAUUUAUGUGUAAGGAUGUCUGUAGUGAGAGUGUAAACUCCAUUUGUAAAUAAUAUUUAGGUCAAUAGAUUUAUAAGUAAUUUAUUUUG